AACAAACAAUGCAUUAUGAACGAACGUGGCCUUUUGACAAUGCAUUGCAUAUUGCAUUGACGCAUGUCGCUGUAAUAUCUUAUCUCACGUAACAAUGUAUGUGUCUUUCGGUUUCAGUGUCUGGACCAUGAUCGCCUAAAGAGUUUGUGAUGGUUCUAAAUGGAGUAUCCUGGUUUGUUUUCUCAGCAGGAAUAACCAUGGCAUGCACAGCAAACAACUCCAUGACUGGACAAAAGGCCUGAACAACUUGAACAAGACCUCCAGCAUGUCCAGUCCAGUGCAAAGUUGAACUUAAGGUUUUACCAAAAUGUUGAGAGUGGCACUACUGAAUGUGGAAACAAACAGCAUUUGUUGAUUGCAACUUCUCCCGGAUAAAUUCCUGAAAUUUGCAGAGAAACCUACACAUGUAGCUGUGGCUUUUUUGUUGAGUUGGCCAAAAUGAGUUCUGCUUCUGAAUUAACUGUGAUAGAGGUCUACGGAUGGGCCGCCGAAAUCGGCAAAGAUCUGGAGAAACUCAUAGAUGCGGUGGGCAGCGACCUUGUGGUUGAACUCAUGCCCAAGGUGGUCCGAGUUUUGGAGCAGCUGGAAUUGUGCGUCAAACAGCGCGAGAAUGGGAUCAACGAACUCCAGCAGUUGCAGGAGGAGCUGCAGAGUGCCAGGCAUGCGGGCUCCCGGGCAACCGAUGAAAAUUUGCGUCUGAUAUCGGAUGUGAAGCUGCUGGAAGAUCACAGGCAGAAGGAAAUAAGGGACUGGAUGGCGAUGGCAAAAGAACUGGAAGAGGAGACCAACCGCUUGAAGGCACAGCUGAGCGAGAAAGAAGGCAUUGUAGACCAAGAGAAAGCUCAUGAGCAACAGGCUCUGCAGGUCCUGUAUCAGUUGAAGGAGACCGUGGAUAAGCAGAGAGAUCAGCUACGAGCCAAGGAUGACGAGAUGGCAACACGAGCAUUGGAGGUGGAAGCUUUACAGCAGCAUGUUGACAGGCUGGCAAAAGUUACAGCGGACCUGCGGCGCAAGAAUGAGCUCCUCAGCACCAUGGCUAAAAACUUCAUCCACGAAAAGUCAGAGCUCCAAUCAGAGCUGAGGGCGAUGGGGAAAGAGACGGCGCUGCCGGAGCAUCAUGGGCUAGCAGGCAGGGACGUUGUGGACGGCGAACGACAGCAGAAGAGUUCGGAUGAGAAUGGUGAUUCUGAGGCGGAAAAGGAGAACGCACCAAUGACCGAUAUGGUGACAAUCGACAUGACGGGCAAAGCAAUCAUCGACCUGAGCGAUCCCAACCGACCCCGCUUCACGCUGCGGGAACUCCAGACUGUCCUCCAGGAACGGGACGAACUCAAGUUGGAUGUCAUGGAACUAGAGGAUGAAUUACAACAGUACAGGCCAAAGGAGGAAGGCUCCCAGAAUGAAACGGAAGCUGACCAGAAGAAACCGAGGUCCAACUCCAACGCUGGAAAGAGUAAAGGAGAACCCCUUGGAAUCAAGAGACUGUUUUCAUUUCUUUUCCGCGGCAAAAACAACGCGAAAUCGUCCUCCGCACCCGAGGAUGAAACCACGUGGGAAUUUCUAGAAAAACCCGUGCAACCCGUUCCGGACGUCCCAACGCUGGCGGUGCCAACUGCAGACCAAAGAGGAGGCUCUCUCUGCGCAGCCUCUGAGCCGGUCCCACCGAAACACGAGAAUAGUCUGGUGCCGGAAGAGAAGCCCGGCGAAGACGCCCAGCGGCGCAAGAGCUACUCGGGCCCCAUCAUCCAAGUCUCUACGAAGGAGCCGUUUAAACAGCGGGAGAGGAUGAGCUGCGUUCGGACGGAGAGCAAACAGCUUAUCGAAGUCGGUCACGACAUCGCAUCGCUGUGCGGCCCAGACUUGAACAGUGCCCCCACGGUUGCGGCCACCGCUGCAACUGGCCGACCAAUCAGCCGCAAUAACAGCAACAACAGCAAUAGUAGCAUCGCCGUCGAGGAGAUAACAAUGGUGGACAGGAAGGCGGCUGGAGUGGAGGCUAUAGGUCAGGGGUCAAGCACUGAUGUCCCGAAAGUCCUCAUCAACAACAAUGACAGUGAGGAAAUCGAAGUGGAAAUGUGAUCAUAUGGAAAGAGUGCUAAUGAAUAAUUCCAAUGAGGACUAAAGAGUGCUGGCUUUUCAAUACACAAAAUUCAACUGUCACACAGCAUCAGUUGAUCGUCAAACGAAUGCUUUCUAGAGUUUACUUCCCUAAAAAAAAACAUGAAAUCCUCUAGAGCCACAAAUCAAAAAGAAAAGAUGAAAUCUUUUUUU